AUCGGAUUUCUCAUUAGAUUGAGCUAGUAUCAACUUGUUUUCUUGGUUUCUCUUCUCAAUUCUUGUUCCUGUAUAAGAAGUCCUCACACUCUGAUGAUCAUUACUUCACAGCCAAAGUGUUAAACGACCUUGAUUUCAAAUAUUCUCUCAGUCACUCAACUUUUUUACGUGGUUGUUUAUUAUUACCAGUUAUUAUUAUUAUAUUUUAAAGAAUCUAAAAGGAACAAAUAAGUGCUAAGGAUUAUGGUGACGGGCAUAUAUAAGGGUCAAGAAUUGAUUGAUGCGGUGUUUUCUUGGUCUCUGGCUGACGUUCUUAACAGAAAUCUGUACAAUGGAAAGGUGAGUUCCACUUAUUAUUCCAAAACCACCUCAACACUGUUUUUUGUAACAGAGAUUCCCAAGACAUUUUCAUCUGUCUCUGACUAUACCAAGUCUUUCUUCUAUCCGCUUCUUGAAGAAAUACAUGCGGACUUGCUAUCAAAGAUACUAGAAGUCAACCGUUCUCCUAUUGCCAAGAUUGUUAGUUUGAAAAACUCCACAGGUUUAUUAUACACCAUUAUGCUUAAGAGAUAUCAAGGAUCUUAUGUACCUGUGGUUGGAGAUCUCAUUGCUUUGACUAAUGUAAGGCCAAAAUCUGUUGAUGAUCUGAAGAGGCCAAACAAGUCUUUCCUCAUUGCUUUUGUGCAUGACUGUAUCCUUAUGAAGAAAUCAGAAUGUCAACUUUUGGUUUUGUCAUCAAAACCAAUCAAUCAACAAGAGGAUGAAGAUACUUAUAGAAGGAAGGGUGUAGAAUAUUAUGCUGUUCACCUAACCACACUACAAGAAACAGGACUUGUAGGGACGACAAUUGUCGUCUCUAAAGAAGCCAAUUUGUUUUCUCUUUCGGAUAUUGCAAGUAAGUUAGGGCUUAAGGAAUUGAAGCACGUCGAUCUUCAAUUUGGCUCAUUCAAUAUCGGAAUCGGAAGUUGUAUUCUCUUACUACGAUUUUGUUCAUUACGAAUUUGCUCAUUUACCAUCGAAAGCAAGAAUCGAUUAGAUAUUAGUGAUUUAGCUAUUCAAUUUGGAUGUGCUACUAUAUUAGAGCUACCUGCCAAAGUAGUUCUAUUAAAUUUACUCAAAGAAGAUGAUUUAGAGAAGAUCCUGAUUAAUCAACCAUUAAAUAAUGUUCACAUCAAGAACCGAAUGAUUGAAGAAGAUUGUGCUGAAUGUUCAAUCGAUACAACUCGAGACAUGACUUUAUCAAAGAUGAGAGAAGCUCUCAAAUCAUUUCAGCUUAAUAGUUCCCAAGAAGCUGCUGUUUUGAGCUGCAUUGCUACAAGAGAAUGCAGUCACCAAAAAACAUUAAGCUUAAUAUGGGGACCUCCAGGGACUGGAAAGACAAAUACUAUUGGUUGGUUAUUGUUUAUGUUGCUGAGCAUGAAAUGCAGAACCCUGACUUGUGCUCCUACGAAUAUUGCAGUUGUAGGAGUUACCAAAAGAGUUUUGAGCUUGGUGAAGGAUUCAUUGCCAUUUGGUACUUAUGGUUUAGGAGAUAUAGUUUUAUUUGGUGGAGAAAGAAUGAAGAUAGACGAUUGCAAAGACCUUUCAAAUGUAUUCUUAGAAUUCCGUGUCAAGAUUCUUGCUGAUAGUUUGAGAGAAUGGAAAGAUAUCAGUGAGUGGAUGAUUAGUUUCCUUGAGGAUCCUCAAAAGAAGUACCACUUUUGCUCAACAGAAAAGCAAAAUGUUAUGCCUUUUGAGCAGUUUGUGAUGAAGGAGUUCAGCUUCUAUGGAAAUCGUCUUAUAUCUUGUAUUGAAAGCUUGUACACGCAUAUGCCAACAUCUGUCAUUUCGGCUGAGGCAGCUAAACAAAUGAAUGUACUUGUUCAUUCUCUUAAAGUUCUUGAAGAACUAAUGACACAAACAGUUAUUUGUGAAGACUUAAAUCGAUUAUAUGAUUCCAGCACAGGAGUAAUUGUUAGUUUAGAUCGUUGUAUAAUGUCAUGCCUUGAGAUACUCGUAUACCUUCGAAGCACACUUCGUUUUCCAAAAUUUGAGAAAGAUUAUAAAAUUAAAAAAUUUUGUUUGGCGAAUGCCUGUUUGGUAUUUUCCACAGCAUCGAGCUCCAUCAACUUGAGUUAUGGCAGGACAAAACCUUUGGAGUUUCUUGUCAUUGAUGAGGCUGCUCAGCUAAAGGAAUGUGAAUCUCUUAUACCUUUGCAGCUUCGAGGUCUUAAACAUGUUAUUCUAGUUGGGGAUGAAAGACAACUCCCAGCCACAGUUCAAAGCAAGAUUAGUGAGGAGGCUGGAUUCGGAAGGAGCUUAUUCGAGAGACUUGUAUCCCUAGGGCAUAAGAAGCACCUUCUUAAUGUUCAAUACAGGAUGCAUCCAUCCAUAAGCCAGUUUCCAAAUAGGGAAUUCUAUGACAAACAAAUCUUCGAUGGUGUGAAUGUCAAGAGCAGUGGUUAUGGGAAGCGUUUUCUCCAAGGAAGUAUAUAUGGGUCGUACUCUUUUAUAAAUGUAAGUUCUGGUCGAGAGGAGUUUGAUAAGAGUCAUAGCAUGAGAAAUCUCAUGGAAGCGGCUAUUGUGGCUGAAAUCAUUUCAAAUCUCUAUAAAGAAUCUGUUUCAAGAAAACAAAGGGUAAGUGUUGGUUGCAUAUCACCAUACAAGGCUCAGGUAAAUGCAAUACAGGAUAAACUUGGCAAUAAGUAUAUGGAUUCUGAAGAUUACUUCUCUGUGAAUGUCCAAUCCAUUGAUGGCUUUCAAGGGAGUGAAGAGGAUGUAAUUAUUAUAUCCACAGUGAGAUGUAACAGUAGAGCGUCUGUUGGUUUUCUUUCAGAUCAUCGAAGAACUAAUGUGGCAUUAACUAGAGCUAGAUAUUGCUUGUGGAUUUUGGGAAAUGGAUCGACUUUGAUGAAUAGUGGCUCUAUUUGGAAGUAUAUAGUUGUUAAUGCUAAAGACCGUGGCCGUUUUUACAAUGCUAGUGAAGACAAAAACUUGGCUCAAGCUGCCAUGUUUGCUUUAGUUGAGCUUCGUCAGUUUAAUAACUUAUUCCAUAAGGAUUCAUUUCUUUUUAAUGGGGUAAAAUGGCAGGAAGUGGUUACUCUUCUAGUUCAACUUUUGAGUGGCUGGCGAAAAGAUGGAAACCAUAAAGUGAACAUACCAGGAACAUGUAUGCAUAAUCUGGAGUCGUACAAUGUAACACCAGACUUGUGUUUGAUUUGGGCUGUAGAUAUUGUAGUACAAAAUUCACUUUGCAUUCAGGUGAUAAAGAUUUGGGAUGUUUUGCCAGCCACCAAGAUUGAACAACUGGCAAAGAUAUUAAUGGAAAAAGUAUAUGGGAAUUAUACUGUCAAUAUGAUGAACCGCUGCAUGGAAAAGCACGUUGAUGGGAAGUUGAUGCUUCCAAUUACAUGGCCUAUGAAUUCAGACUCUGAUCUAAGCUGGUCCUUCAAAAAUAAUUUAGAUGCAACAAGAGCUACAAGUGUUUGGAAUUCCAGAUAUAAAAGGAUGAAAGGUACUUAAUGGGUUGUAGCUAUGGAACUGAUUGGACCGACUUGAUAAAAUUGCACGGGCUACAUUGGGCCUGCUUCACAUGCAACAGUUUACUAAAGUUAUGGCGGAAGUGAAGGAAAAUGAAAUAUUGGUGUAACGUUUCGGCGCAAAAGUUCAGUAAACACCACCGGAGUUGUUCAACUAUAUAUAUCAAUGAUUGUGCUUUUAUUAGCUAGCUAGCAACUAUUGGCCAGAUAAUAUCAGUUAGUAGUUAGUCUUAAAUGAAAUGAUCGCUGUGUGCCUGUGUAUAUUCUAUAUUAUACUCAUUCAUAAAACCGAACUUUCAGCGAAUAGUUCAUGAAUCAUUCGGUGGGAAGUUGGUUUAUGUUUGUUUAUUCAAUAAACGAAAGAACAUGAAC